UGCAGUGUGCCCUGAACCGCCCUGCCUUCUUUGCUGAGAGGCUCUACUAUGCUAUGAAAGGUGCUGGCACAGAUGACUCCACCCUGGUCCGGAUUGUGGUCACUCGAAGUGAGAGAAAUAUUGAAAUCAAAGAGUCGAGAAAGCAAAAUGUAAAGGUGGAAACCUAUGCACUUAAACCCAACUCUUGCCAAGGUAAAGCAUCCGCGGAAACAGCAGGCUCUCGAAGUGAGGAGGCUGCAGCCGGCGCUAGGGCGCAGGCGCAGAAGCUCAGUGUCUCGCUCCCUGCUCCGGCCCCAGAGGGUUAUCGCGAGUCUUGGAAUAAAGUUGCUCGUGCGAUUGCCAAAAAGACCAAAGAAAACAGAGGGACUUUUCCCAGUUGGUGAUAUGGAGCAAGUGCCAUCAGCAGGCAGACUCGUGCAGAUCACCGUGACAGAGGGAUAUGAUUUGAAAGGUUUUAAAGGAGAUACUCCAGUUACCUUUAUUCGAGCAGAAUUCAAUCAAGUGGUUCUGGGAGACUCUGCAAAAAUUACUGUUUCUCCAGAAGGAAGUGCAAAAUACAACUUCACUAGCAGUUUUGAGUUUAAUCCUGAAGGAGGAAUCACUUUAGAUGACCUCGCUCACAAACCUGUGUUCUUAACUGUGACUGAAGUUUUACCAAAGGAAAAGAAACAGAAAGAAGAGAAGACCUUAAUUCUUGGUCAGGCUGUGGUGGACCUUCUUCCCUUACUGGAAGGACAGAGUGCAUUUCAAACAACAGUUCCAUUGCACCCUGUGCAAGGCUCACCCUUAGAAACUCCUAGAUCAAGUGCUAAGCAGUGCAGUCUUGAAGUUAAAGUAUUAGUGGCAGAGCCUUUACUGACCACAGCCCAGAUCUCAGGGGGCAAUCUACUGAAGGUCACGUUGGAGGCUGCUUACUCUGUGCCUGAAUCCUUCAUUCCAACAGGUCCUGGGCAGAACUACAUGGUCGGUCUGCAAGUUCCAUCACUUGGAGAGAAGGACUAUCCCAUUUUAUUUAAGAAUGGAACUCUGAAGCUUGGAGGGGAAAGGGAACCUGUUCCCCGGCCCAAAAAGUGGCCAAUUGCCAACAUUCUGGCUCCAGGAGCUAAUAACAUUCCUGAUGCAUUCAUUGUUGGUGGUCCCUAUGAAGAAGAAGAAGGAGAACUCAACCAUCCUGAGGACAGCGAAUUUAGGAAUCAAGCAGAGUGCAUAAAGAAAAGGAUUAUUUGGGACUUGGAAAGUCGCUGCUACCUUGAUCCUUCUGCAGUGGUCAGUUUUCAGAAGCGAAUUGCCGAUUGCCGGCUUUGGCCUGUAGAGAUCACAAGAGUUCCUCUGGUCACUAUACCCAAAGGGAAAGCUGGCAAAACUGAAAAGACUGAUGAAGAAGCUCAGCUUUCGUUUCAUGGUGUGGCUUAUGUUAAUAUGGUCCCAUUGUUGUAUCCAGGUGUGAAGAGAAUUCGGGGAGCUUUUCAUGUUUACCCUUACCUAAACAGUGUAGUCCAUGAAAAGACCAAAUGUUUAUUGAGCUUGUUCCGGGAUAUUGGCCAUCACUUGAUUCAUAAUAAUAAAAUAGGAGGAAUUAAUUCUCUGCUGUCCAAACAAGCUGUUUCUAAGAAUCUGAAAGAAGAUAAACCAGUGAAAGAAAAGGAUAUAGAUGGAAGGCCUAGGCCUGGGGAUGUGCAGGCACCUAGUAUAAAAUCUCAGAGCUCAGAUACUCCUUUGGAAGGUGAACCCCCUCUAAGUCACAAUCCUGAAGGACAGCAAUAUGUAGAAGCAGGGACAUACAUUGUGUUGGAAAUUCAGCUGGACAAAGCCUUGGUUCCAAAGCGAAUGCCAGAGGAGCUAGCCAGAAGGGUCAAGGAAAUGAUUCCUCCAAGGCCUCCUCUUACCCGUCGGACAGGAGGAGCUCAGAAGGCAAUGAGUGACUACCACAUACAGAUCAAGAAUAUUUCUAGAGCCAUUCUAGAUGAGUACUACAGAAUGUUUGGAAAACAGGUGGCCAAACUGGAGAGUGAUAUGGAUAGUGAAACCUUGGAGGAGCAGAAGUGCCAGCUCAGCUAUGAACUUAAUUGCUCUGGAAAAUACUUUGCUUUCAAAGAACAACUCAAGCAUGCUGUGGUAAAGAUUGUGAGAGAUAAAUACUUGAAGACAACAUCAUUUGAAAGCCAGGAGGAACUGCAGACAUUUAUCAGUGAGCUCUAUGUGUUCUUAGUAGAUCAGAUGCAUGUAGCCCUAAACCAGACCAUGCCAGAUGAUGUCCAAGGCACUGUUGCAACCAUUUAUAUAAGCAGUGAACAGCUUCAACUCUUUGCAUUUGAAGCAGAAGUCAAUGAGAACUUUGAGAUGGCAGCAGCAUAUUAUAAAGAGAGAUUGGUCCGUGAGCCCCAGAAUCUGGAUCACUGGUUGGACUAUGGUGCCUUCUGCCUCCUAACUGAAGACAACAUCAAAGCACAAGAGUGUUUUCAGAAAGCCCUUUCCCUCAACCAGAGUCAUAUCCACAGCUUGUUGCUGUGUGGUGUCCUGGCUGUCCUGUUGGAGAACUAUGAGCAAGCAGAAAUUUUCUUUGAGGAUGCUACUUGCUUGGAACCAACUAAUGUUGUAGCCUGGACUUUACUUGGUUUGUACUAUGAAAUUCAAAACAAUGAUAUUCGAAUGGAAAUGGCAUUUCAUGAGGCCUCCAAACAGCUUCAGGCACGGAUGCUUCAGGCACAAGUAACAAAGCAAAAGAGCACUGGUGUUGUAGAAGACACUGAGGAAAGAGGGAAGAGAGAAUCUAGUUUAGGCCCUUGGGGAAUCACAAAUGGUUCUGCAACAGCAAUCAAGGUGGAAGCCCCAGCAGGACCAGGAGCUGCAUUAUCUAUUCUAGACAAAUUUCUUGAAGAAUCCUCCAAACUGCAGUCUGAUUCACAAGAACCCAUUUUGACUACACAAACUUGGGAUCCAAGUAUAAGCCAAAAACCAUCUAACACAUUUAUCAAGGAGAUACCAACAAAGAAAGAAGCAUCAAAAUGUCAAGAUUCAUCAGCUCUUCUGCAUCCCGGCCUUCAUUAUGGUGUUUCUCAAACUACCACCAUCUUCAUGGAGACCAUACGUUUCUUGAUGAAAGUCAAGGCUGUGCAGUAUGUGCACAGAGUGCUUGCACAUGAGCUGUUAUGCCCUCAAGGAGGCCCCAGCUGUGAAUAUUACUUGGUGCUGGCCCAAACACACAUUCUUAAGAAGGACUUUGCCAAGGCAGAGGAAUACCUUCAACAAGCAGCCCAGAUGGACUACCUGAACCCCAAUGUCUGGGGCCUGAAGGGCCAUCUCUAUUUUCUGAGUGGAAAUCAUUCUGAGGCCAAGGCAUGCUAUGAACGAACCAUUAGCUUUGUAAUGGAUGCUUCUGAGAUGCACUUCGUCUUCCUGAGACUGGGGCUCAUCUAUCUGGAAGAGAAAGAGUAUGAAAAGGCAAAGAAAACCUAUAUGCAAGCCUGUAAGAGAUCACCUUCAUGCCUUACCUGGCUAGGACUGGGAAUCGCCUGCUAUCGGCUGGAGGAGCUCACAGAGGCUGAGGAUGCUCUUUCUGAAGCCAAUGCAUUGAACAACUACAAUGCUGAAGUAUGGGCAUAUCUGGCUCUGGUCUGCCUGAAAGUUGGACGGCAAUUAGAAGCUGAGCAGGCCUACAAGUACAUGAUCAAGCUGAAAUUGAAAGAUGAGGCUCUGCUUGCAGAGAUCCACACACUACAGGAAACAGUUGGCUUUGGAAAUCCAUCUUUCUGAUACCCCUCCAGCUGGACAAUUUUCUGCAUGGGACUCUGAGUUCCUUUCCUUCCCAGAGAGUUUUACCGUAUGAAGCCUGGAGCUGGAGAACGAAAGAAUCUUCACUAUAAACAGAGACCCAUUCAUUUAUUUCCAUUGGCUGUGUUACUGGAUGUUUUACUGGUUGACAAGAAACUGGGUCACAAUAAAAAAAUGGAGAUAUGAAACUCAAAA